CGAUUUCCUAUCUAAACUAUUUGAUUAAAUCUAGAAUUAAUUACUCUAGUUAGUUGACGGUCCAACAAUAAUGUCCACCAGUCAACAUUCAAACAAAAGGAUCAUCCUGCCUUCAUUAUUCUACCCACUUUGCCAAAUUAUAAACAAAUUCAUCACUCAAUAAUUCUCAAUUUCUAUCUCAAAUUUCUGGGUAUUUUUCAUUUUAAUGUCUCUUCAAACCAAAUUAUUACCACUUUGGUUUCUUCUUUUAUGGAUUUCUUCAUCAACUUUCAUGGUACAAUCAAAAUGCAAAAAAGGGUGUCAAGCUUUAGCAUCAUACUAUGUAUGGAAUAAAUCAAAUUUUACAUUUAUAACCCAAGUUCUGAAUGUUACUGGAGAUGAUUUCCUCAGUUACAACCCAAGUAUUCCUGACAAAGAUAGGGUUCCAUCUUUUGUAAGGGUUAAUGUUCCUUAUUCAUGUGAUUGCCUAAAUAAUGGGGAUUUUUUGGGUCAGAUUUUUCAGUAUAAGUUUCAAAAGGGUGAUACUUAUGAUGUACUUGCUCAUACAUACUAUUCUAAUCUUACUACUGUAAGUUUGAUUCAGAAAUUCAAUGAUUUUCCCAUAAAUAAUGUACCUGAGAAUUCCAUUGUUAAUAUACCAGUUAGUUGCUAUUGUGGGAGUAGUCAGGUUGAUAAGAAAUAUGGGUUGUUCUUGACAUACCCACUUCGUCCUGAGGAUAGUUUGAGCUCGGUUGCCCGGUUUUCGAAUUCGACGCCCAGUUUGCUGCAGAAGUAUAAUCCUAAUGUGGAUUUUAAUGCUGGAACUGGGAUUGUGUUUCUACCUGCUAAAGAUAAAACUGGACAAUAUCCUCCUCUGCCUUCAAGCUCAGGACUUUCAGGUGCAGUCAUUGCUGUUAUAUCUGUGGCAGUUGUAGCUGUGGUGAUUAUGCUGGCUGUUUUAUUUUUGCAUAUGAGAAGAAAGAAAAAGAAGAAAGCUUCACUAUUCCUUGACAACUCUGGAGAAUGGCUAGGACAGUCUGUUCAGGGAAGUUCACGUAAAACUGCAAGUUCAUUGGAUGCUGGAAACAGGGGUGUUACUGUUGACAAAUCAGUUGAAUUUUCAUAUGAAGAGCUUGCCCUAGCAACAGAUAACUUCAGCAUGGCUAACAAGAUUGGUUCAGGUGGUUUUGGGGAUGUUUACUAUGCAGAGCUGAGAGGAGAGAAAGCAGCUGUCAAGAAGAUGGACAUGCAAGCAUCUAAAGAAUUUCUUGCUGAGUUACAGGUUUUGACUCGCGUUCAUCACUUGAAUCUGGUUCGCUUGAUUGGAUAUUGUGUUGAGGAGUGUCUUUUCCUGGUGUAUGAGUUUAUAGAGAAUGGCAAUUUAAGCCAACAUCUGCGUGGCACUGGAAAAGAACCACUACCCUGGUCUACCCGAGUGCAAAUUGCUCUUGAUUCAGCAAGAGGUCUUGAGUACAUUCAUGAGCACACAGUCCCUGUUUAUAUCCAUCGUGACAUUAAAUCUGCCAAUAUACUGAUAGACAAAAGCUGCCAUGCAAAGGUUGCAGAUUUUGGAUUGACCAAGCUGACUGAAGUUGGAAAUUAUUCAGCUCCCACACGUCUUGUGGGUACAUUUGGAUAUAUGCCUCCAGAGUAUGCCCAAUAUGGCGAGGUCUCUCCAAAAGUUGAUGUUUAUGCAUUUGGAGUUGUUCUCUAUGAGCUCAUAUCAGCUAAGGCAGCUGUAGUGAAGCAAAAUGCCUCUGGUCCUGACUCGAAGGGCCUUGUCGGCAUGUUUGAGGCUGUUCUCAAACAGCAGAAUGACCAAAAUGAGAUUCGGAAACUGGUGGAUCCUAGACUGGGGGACGACUACCCCCUUGACUCGGUUUUUAAGGUGGCACAACUUGCAUAUAAGUGCACUCAAGAGGAUCCUCAUCUAAGGCCAAGCAUGAGAUCUGUUGUGGUGAACUUAAUGACGUUGUCAUCCACAACAGGUGAGUGGGACACAGGUACCUUCUAUGAAAGUCGUCAGGGAAGUCUAGUUUCUGCACGUUAAGAGUCUUGUGACAGAGGAUGAAUCCGAAUAUAUAGAGGUCAUAUUGAAAUGUUCGCUGUAUAGCCUUUUGCCAUUACAACUCUGUAAAGUCGUCAAGCAAGUGAAGUGCCUGCACGGUAAGUGUUUUAUGACCCAAUGAAUAUCCAAAAAUGUAGAAAUUGUGUUGAAAUAUUCGCCAUAUUGAAAUGUACUCGCUGUAUGAUCUCAUUGUUAUCCCCCAUACACGUGAUUCUGUAAUAUGCAGUUGUUGAUUAGAUCAGUAAUUAUAAGAAUAUACAGUUGAGGAGCUGGAAAACAGCCAAUCUUUUCUGGUGUGUAAUUAUUUGAAAAUUUAUAAUAACAUAGUAUUAUGAGAAAAUCCAAGUUUA